AUGCAUGCUGCGCCGACGAAUGCUGCGCCAACGCAUGCUGCAGCGAGCAGCAACACCUCCAUCCCCGACACCCGCCCCUCUCUUACAGGAGGAGCGUUUGCUCCGCUUGUCCCGCCAGCAGAAGCGCCAACGCAUGCUGCAGCGGGCGGCUGCCGCCCUUCCCACCUGCAAACACUCCCCCACCUUUACCCCGCUCCCGCUCCCCGCCUGCAGGAAGAGCGUUCGCUCCGCCUAUCCCGCCAGCAGAAGCGCGAACGCAUGCUUUUGCGAGCAGCCCCCUCGUCCCCUCACCCCUCCCCUACCCGCUCUCUCUUUCCCUCUGCAGGAGGAGCGUUCGCUCCGCCUAUCCCGCCAGCAGAAGCGCCAACGCAUGCUGCAGCGGGCGGCUGCCGCCCUUCCCACCUGCAAACAAACCCCCCCUCUCUCCCCCCCCCCGCGUAUUUUUACCCCCCUCCCGCUCCCCCCUUGCAGGAAGAGCGUUCGCUCCGCCUAUCCCGCCAGCAGAAGCGCCAACGAAUGCUGCAGCGGGCGGCUGCCGCCCUUCCCACCUGCAAACAAACCCCCCACUCUCCCCUCCCCCCCGCGCAUUUUUACCCCCCUCUCGCUCCCCAUUCUCCUUCCCUUAACCAUUCCCGCCCUAUAGGAGGAGCGUUCGCUCCGCCUAUCCCGCCAGCAGAAGCGCCAACGCAUGCUGCAGCGGGCGGCGGCCGCCCUUCCCCAGCUGGCGCAGCGCGUUUGGCUCCCAAACCACACCACCAGGAUGCCCUGAUGUUGCUGGAAGAGGAGUUUGAAGCGACUCUCUCCAAGCACGGGUGUGCUGAGACUUCUUCCUCCUCUCUCACACCCCCAAACAUCUUCCUUUCCUAUCCGUCCCCCUCUCCUCCCUCUUCCCCUUUCAGCAAACCUCUGGACCUCCCAACGCUCAAAUCCGCCCUCCACGCCCUGAAUUUCGCCACUGCUGCUGCUGCGGGUGCUGCUAGUGAAGCUGCUGGUGGUGCUGGUGCAGGGGCAGCAGGGGGAGCGCCCUCUCUCCGUGCCCGUAGAGCAACAGGCGUCACCCCCAUCACCACCCGUUUCACCCGCACCUCUUCUGAUUUCUCCCUCUCUGCUUUCCUUCCCCCCGUUUCGCCCCCCUUCCCCGUGCAGUGCAGCAAGCCUCUAGAUCUCGCAACACUAAAGUCCGCCCUUCAUGCCCAGAAUUUCGCCACUGCAGCUGCAGCUGGUGCUGCUGGUACAGGGGCAGCAGGGGGAGCGCCCUCUCUCCGUGCUCGUAGAGCCACGGGCAUUGCCCCCAUCACCACCCGUUUCACUCGCACCUCCUCCGACUUCUCCCUUGCUGCUCUCACACCCCCACCCAAACCUCUCCCUCUCCUUUCCUUCCCCACUCUUCCCCUCCCUUCUCCCUCUUUCCCUCUCUUCCCCGUGCAGCAAGCCACUGGACCUUCCAACACUAAAGACGACGCCGAGUCUGACGCCAACGACCUCCCGAACCUGACUCCAGGUUCGGCAGCCAGGUCCGGGGGCGCCAAGCCUGUGAAUCAUCCGGGGCAGGAGGCUCGGUCGUCUACGGCCACUUCGAUCGUUGCAUUGCACACUCAUCACCCACGUCACGCGCUCUCCUCCCAUGCUUCUGCCCGCCCUCCCAUCCGCCUUGCGUCCUUCCUGUCUUCCGUCUUCCGCAGCGCCGCCCGUGGCCCGAGCAUAGCGAGUGGCACGGCUUGUCUUGACCUGAAGGAGCGCAGCGUUGCUGAGCUGGAGGCCAUGCCGUGGAGCCAGCUGGAGCCCACCAUCAAGACGUGGCUGAGAGACGCCAACAUACUGGUAGAGGCCAUGCCGUGGAGCCAGCUGGAGCCCACCAUCAAGACGUGGCUGAGAGACGCCAACAUACUGAUCCGUGUGCUACUGGAGGGAGAGCGUCUCCUUUGUGAGGCAGUCUUAGAGGACGCCCCAGAGCUCGAUGCGGGCGGCGUCUAUCGGCAGCUUCUGUCGGCGUCGCUGUGCGUGGAGGGCUCGGUCGGCAAGCUGGCCGGCACGGCUCGUUCCAUUGCCGGGCUGACGCGGUCCCCUGAGAAAGUCUUUAGCUUCAUGGAGAUGUUCCGAGCGGCGACAGGGCUGAGGGAGCAGGUGCAAUCCGUGCUGAUAGCAGCAGCAGGGGUGGGAGGGGGUUCUUUAUGGCCACAGUGGCAAGCCCUCCCAGCGCUUCUAGCAUGUGCCGUGUUCGAGACAAUAGACGAGCUCAACAGCACACUGAGACACGUGGAUGGACUGACUCCGGCGGCUAUGCCCUCGCCUGUCGCUCCUAAGAAGAAGCUUCUAAGCAGGAUAAUUUCCUGGAAGGCGCAGGAGGUGAAGAGCCAGAGCGGGGAGGACGUGGACGUGUCGGUACACGCGGUUACCAGCUACGUGGUCAACUACAUAGGGCAGCUGUUGGACAGAACCUCUCGCGCCAACUACUGUGCUGUGUUGGAAGAGAUUUACCAGAGCCACGGGGCCGACCAUUUGAAAGAGCCCAGCAGUAAUAGCAGCAGCAGCAGCCAGCACCCCGGCCAUGCGCCACAGACGCCCGUGCAGGGAGCUGCAGGGACGCCCAAGGAAGCGGCACCUCUCCAAUACGCUGCUCCUGCUGCUGCUGCUGCUGCUGCUGUUGCCACUCCAGAUGUCCCGUCCAACUUUCCUACUGCCCUAGAGUCCGCUCCUGCUGCCGCUGCCCCUGCUGCUGCCACUGCUGCUGCUGCUGCCGCUGCUGCUGGAACCCCCAAGGAAAAGGCUCGGGAUAGCCAGAAUGCUCUUGGCGGCGGUGGCGGCAGCAGCGGUGGUGGUAGUACUAGUGGUGGGAGGAAGGGCAGGGGGGUGGGUGGGCGGCAGAGGAAGAGGCAGCUGGGGGCGGACAUGGAGGCACUGUUGGAUGCGCUCUAUUUCAACAUGGAGGCACGCGGGAGGACUAUCGCAGAUGGCCCUUUGUCUGCACUGUUUGUUCUCAACAACGCCAACUACAUCGCUUCUUCCAUCUCCUCCGGUCGAAUGCGGGACGCCAUUCGCCACUCAGACCGCCUGGCAGACUACGAGUCCGCCUUUGAGAGAGCAGCACUGUGCAAGCUGCUGGCGUGCUUGGAGCCAUUGGAAGUGAGUGCCAAGAUGAGUGGGGACGGCGUGAAGCAGCGUCAAAUUUGGCUGUAUGCAUGCAAGAAUGUCAUUGUCUCCCCAUCCACCUCGCUCAUCCAUCCUCUCGCCCAUCUUUCCGAAUCCCCAUCCACCUUCCGGCUCCCCAAACCCCGGGGUUUGAAGCGGUUCAAUGCGGUGUUUGAUGAGGAGGUGGCACUGGAGCAGCGGCUGCGGCUCGAACUGUUAUGCUUGCAUGCCCCUAUCGAUGCCUCGCUUCAUAACCACAUAUACGCAUGCUCCACCAUCCCGUGCAGUUUGAAGCGGUUCAAUGCGGUGUUUGAGGAGGUGGCACUGGAGCAGCGGCGGUGGCUCGUGCUCAGCGACAGCUGUCGCAAGGCCAUGCGCGUGCGGUUCGCCAAGGUCAUCAAGGGAUCCUAUAUGGACUUCCUCACUCCCCACAGGUGA